UGUCGGUCUCGGUGGAGGGGGAGCGUCCAUAUGCGCUCAACUGUAAUUCAAAACCAAGAAGGCCAGGGCAGGGCGAAGCCUGGCGGAGCGAGACGUGAAUCCCCAAAGAAAGAAAAGCAAAACAACAGCCGUGCAUUACAGUCUUUUGAGAAGAUGUGAUUUGCGAGGUUCGACUCUACUUCUGUAUUUCCAGACGAUAUUUCUAGACAUGUGAACGUUUCAAUGUGUGCGGCGGCAAUUGUCAGAUGUGAUGAUAGUCACAAACUGCGAAGGACAACAGUCAUGGUUUUGAGAAAUUGAUUUUUCUGGAUAUAAAGACCUAUUUACCACCACUGCAUGGUUCAGGUUAAUAGAAAACCAGAUCUGCAAAACUUGCAGAUGAGUCACACAGUGCACAUGUGAACGGGAAACAGCUUCUGUGGAGAGCGCAUGUGGAGUUAACGCAUCCAAAAACGGUGGAGAACCAGCUUCAGUCAUGUCUCUAUCGACAGUGCUUGCAAAGGCACUUUUUGACAAUGCCGCUGAAAGCCCAGAGGAGUUAGCGUUCCGCAAAGGUGAUAUCCUGAUGGUUCUGGACCAGGAGCAGGACGGUGGACCAGGGUGGUGGCUUUGCUCCCUACAUGGUCGUCAAGGCAUUGCCCCUGCCAACCGAUUACGCCUCCUCCGAACUGCUCAGACUCUGGCUUCAAGCACAGGUACCGAUACCCUACGAGCUCCUAGCGUGGACUCGGCCCAUCUAUCAACUAGCCAGCAGGGCAGGGUAAAUGGACUGAGCACUGAAGAUUCAGAUGGGGUGUAUCUCUCACCACCCAGCUUAGCUGAAGGGGUGUACCAGAGCCCUGGGGCUGGUCCUGCCCCUGCCAGGUCUGGAGAGGUACAUCACCUCGAUGGAGGAAGGCCACGAUCGCAUUCUAGUUCCGGAACCAGGCCUUGUCCAGAUUGGGGUGAUGUGGGUGUGGCAGGACGUCCCCGUUCACCCUCACUUAGAGGAAGGGGUGGCGAGUCAGGGACCCUCUACCAGACUCCCACUUCACCUGCUCCAGUGACAGCACAACACAGAUCACAAGGUGCACUGGCGUCUGAUUCAGUGUACCUGACUCCAAGUGCUGUUCCCAGGUCUGCUGCCGAAACAGCAGGGGAGGCUAGGUAUUUAAGUCCACGACAUGCAGGGGCCAGUAGUUCUGAUGGAUGCUACUUGGUGCCUAGAGCAGCUGUUGCUGCAAUGACCAGUGAGAAUUUAUAUCAGAGUCCUACAAGUGGUGCCCCAGUGGCAGGACAGUGUGUAUCGGGAAUGACUUCAAGACUUACGGAUGGGAUUGCACCCAAAAGCAGCCCAUCUUCUUCUAUUAGUCUUUCUCAGAAUAAGACUGCUCUGGAUGCCCCAGGGAUGUACCAAACCCCAAUCCCACCUGGGGGUACCUUAUCAAGGACCCCUCAAUCUGACCGCAAACACCCCGCUGGAACUGUAGGAGUGUCUGGAGCCUCAACACCAGGCCAGAAUCUUAAGCAAACACCUCCCUCUGCCCGAGGAUCCCAAAAGGGUACUACUUCAACUCCUCCUGUUGGUCGAGCAAAACUGGCCCAGGGUGGCCUGAGAGAAUCCCCUCUACUUACAAGGGCGGGAAAGUCUGGGGUACCAGGGUCCCCAAACUUUGGCCACAAACCCCCUCCGCCAGCACCUCCUGUUAGAAGUGUGACCAGGAAAGAUUUACCUCAGUCUAACUCGGUUCCCACCACCAAACCUGUUCUCCAGGCCAACCCUGCACCCCCACAGACAAACGUACUGGAGAAAGAGAGACAGGGAAAUAUAAAUGGACACAUGCAAGUGGAUGAGAUGAAGAAGAACAGUGAAAUGGUGACCAAGAGGGAGAGUGCAUGUUCUCAGGAUGAGAAACCUGGUGAGGAGGUAUAUGAUACACCUCCCACAAAUAGGUGGCAGCAUCCAGUUCCUACAGUGCCUUCUGAAGAGGAUGAUGGGAUCUAUAACACCCCUCGUGCUGUACCCCUACACACUGACCAGGCCUCAGAGAUUUAUGAUGUUCCCUCUCUGGCCCUGAAUCCCUCCUCUGACCAUCAGCAGCAAACCUACAGUAUUUCAGGAUCGGCUGCUGUGGCUGGAGAUGCGGAGGAUGAGGAUGUGUACAGUGUUCCCAGUCUUCCUGGUUUACCCUUGGAGGCAAGCGAGAUGCUGGGAUUAACUGCAGAAACUGCUGGAAACGGACGUACCUAUUCGAUUUCCAGUACUAGAAAGCAAGACUUAACCUCUGAAGAUGUGUCAGAACCUGAUGGAGGCAUCUAUGACAUGCCUGCCCUCACUCUAGAAAUCCCGACAUGCCGUUUAUCUGUGUCAAGCACUGGCUCUGGGGACAUCCAGUGGAAAGCGUCUCUCUCUGCUCUUGUCCAAUCAGCCCUGACCUCUGCCUCUGUCACCACCACCCCAUCCCGAGACCUCGCCUCCGCAUUGGCUGAGAUCCUUUCUGUCUGGAAGGCUGGGCAUGUUGGUGAUAUUCCUCCAGUUCUCCAGCAGGCAUGGUCCCGUCUCUCCGACCUCCUUCCUGCACUUUCGGUGUGUGGCACUGCCCCUCCAGCCGACGGUCUGCUCACGAUGGUCCGCUGUGCCCUUGAAGACUCCGUUUCCCUUUUACAGAGUCAAGUGCGACCUCGUUUACCUUCCCAGGAGUCUUUGUCCCGGAGACCUCUACCUGCUUUGCCGGUGGCAGAGGUCAAACCGAUCGCAGGGGACAUGGGAUCACGGAAGAGCAGCUGGAUCCAGGAACGACCGCUGCCGCCUCCACCACCCGCAGCCUUCCCUUUGCCCCCGACAUCAGUUUCUUUAGCCCCCACUGUGGGAAGAAUGGAGGAUGAGGAACAAGGGAAUGAGUAUGCAGGAAUCGGCCUGACUCCUACACCACUGCCUUCAUACCCUGUAGGUGAUAGUGUGGGAUACGUCAAACUGCAGGGGAAGCCAGAGCCUCUACCAGACACCCAUACAGAGCACAGUUCUUCACAGCUUAUUACCAAAGCUGACAAUAAACUGAGUCCUUCACCCCCAGUCUCUCUGUCUCUGGAAGAUUCAGAGCUGCUCUCCUUCUACUCCAACCAAAGUCUCUCUCAUCUUUCUUGCCUGGCCGAUGCCAUCGAUUCCCUGUUCACAAGUGUCCAAGGGAACCAACCACCCCGAGUCUUCGUUUCCAGGGGGAAAAGCCUUAUUGUGACUGCGCACAAACUUGUCUUUAUUGGGGAUACACUUGCAAGGCUUCUCAGCUCUUCAGACCUCAGAGCAAAGGUCACCACCUCCAGUGGACGCCUCUGCCAAGCUCUGAAGGCUGUUGUCAUGGCAACUAAGGGUGCAGCCCAGAAUUAUCCUUCAGUCCCUGCUACGCAAGAAAUGGUGGACAAAGUAGCCGAUCUAUCCCAGCAUGCAGCUGGUUUCUCUGGGCUUUUGCAGCGAUUAGCUGAGAUAUCUUGAUGUUAUUUGUGGGCGGAUGAACCUUUGUUUUCACAGUGGAAUGCCUUAUUAUUAUUUUUUAUUUUUGAGGAUGCAUCAAAAGUGUGUCAGUGCUUGUAUCAGUUCAACAGUGAUAAAAUGAUCAAACAGUUGGUGAGUAUAUGUUGGAGUGUAUCUGCUUGCCUGUGUUGGUUUUGACACUUUAGGCUGGCCUUUCUUUUUCUUUUCUUUCUAUUUUUCUUUUUUUGUUUUGGGUGCCAAGCACACUUAUGCGUUUUAAUAACUUAUUGAUGGAUGUUUUGUUGAAGAUGUUUGCAAGCUCAGGCACAUUUUAAUAGCUUUAUUUUGUCCCCUUAACCAUAUUGACAAUAAUGAGGUAAAAGUGGUCUUCUAUAUUUAAGGGUGCUCUCGUAAACUGGUCUAAUUAUUCAGUUUGUUUGUAAAUGUGAAGUGGCCUUGGUGUUAUAGAGAUUGAAGUGACUAAUUUGACAGCCCAGGAGAUUUCACUUGUUCUGCACAUGUAACCAAACAGAUAAAGCUAACACAGUUUCAAAUGUUUAACAAAAAGGAAUACUUGAUUAUUUAAACAGACAUGAAGAAAAACUGUACUUUUUGAAUGAGAGAUUUUUUCCCCCACAAUGCUGAUUUAGAGGUAAACCUGUCUGUCAGGUCCACUCGGCCUCUUUCUUCACACUCUUUGUUUCACUCACUUAUUUUUUUUUUCUUCCCAUAAU